UUAUUUUUAAAUUUUUUUUCGAAGAAACCUUUCUCUCCGGGAUUGCCCAAGUUUUUGUUCAGUGGGACAUUUUUAGUAUGGUACAUUUUCGGGGUUUUUGUUCUGUAGGACAUUUUCGGGGGUUUUUAUUCAUUAGGACAUUUUCGUGGUAGGACAUUUUCGGAGCGCGCGUCAUGGAGCCGACAAAAUAUAGUACUGGCAAAAUGUAUAAACAAGCUUUUAAAUAUUUUAUCAAAAAAUCAGAAAGUCCUUGCGACAAAAUGCCUCAAAAACAUUUUGCACAGAACGUUAAAAUUUUAUUGUCAAGGAAAAAGAACGAUUAAAAUUUAAUAAAUUCAUUUUUCAAUAAAUUUUUCUACUUCCUUUUAGAUUCUUUUUUAUUUAAAAAAUUUUAGAUAAAAGCUUUGAUAAAAAUGCGUAAUAUUUUGUUAAUCAAUUCUCGUCAUUACCCCUCGUUAUUUAGUUUUAGAACUGCUGUUUCUGCUGCUUCUGUUCAAAGUCCAAAUAUUAAGGCAUUUGAAGUUUAUCGUUAUAAUCCAGAAACUCCAGAAGUUAAACCUCAUUUACAGAAAUAUGAUAUUGAUUUGAAUAAAUGUGGACCAAUGGUUUUGGAUGUUUUGAUUAAAAUUAAAAAUGAAAUAGAUCCAACUUUGACAUUUCGUCGUUCAUGCCGUGAAGGGAUUUGUGGUUCUUGCUCUAUGAAUAUAAAUGGAGAAAAUACACUUGCCUGUAUUUGUCAUAUUGAUAAAAAUUCAAAUAAAUCUACAAAGAUUUAUCCACUUCCGCAUAUGUAUGUUGUUAAGGAUUUAGUUCCGGAUAUGACACUUUUCUAUCAACAAUAUGGUUCAGUACAGCCUUGGCUACAAAAGAACAAACCGUUAAAUUUGGGAGAAAAGGAAAUGUAUCAAACAAUUGAUGAGAGAGCUAGUCUUGAUGGUCUUUAUGAAUGUAUUUUGUGUGCCUGUUGCAGUACUUCAUGUCCUUCUUAUUGGUGGAAUCCCGAUAAAUAUUUGGGGCCUGCAGCGCUUCUUCAAUCAUAUAGGUAA